AUGGAAGUGACUGGCCUCGCCGUCGGUGUUGUUGGACUCGCUGGUCUCUUCAGCGCCUGUUUGGACUCACUUUCACGCUUUCAAAACUAUCGCGAAUCGAAUACCGAUACCCAUGUAUCAAAUACUCGUUUCCGAGCGGCUAGAGCCCGAUUUGAACAAUGGGGAGUCAGCGUUGGCAUUUCCAAUGGGCGACUACAGCCCGAUCACCAUCGUGGACUCGACAACAAAGAGAGGGCGAAUCUGAUUGAGAGCAUCUUGGAAAUCAUAGCAAAGACUAUCUGCGAUGAGUCAAUCCUCCAAAGAAGUCGUACCGGACCCCGAUUACAGAGCGGGCAGUUUGGAGGGUUAUCGCAGUCUAGAGGCAAGCGAUUGAAAUGGGCUCUUGGUGGUAAAGAGAAUCGCACCGAGCAGGUCGACGUCUUCGAGAAGCUGGUGCAGCAACUUUAUAAUCUGAUUUCGCCAGAGGACAAAAGCCAAAAUUUUGAAGGAUUGGAGAGCGCAGCAUGGGUAGAGGGCAUUCGUCAAAUGCUAACCAAGAUCGAGGACGGGAUCAAGUCCAAGCGCGUCGAGACAACCUGCGAUUGGAUAUUUGAGAGACCUAUAUUCAAAUCGUGGCUCUCGCCAGUGGACUCAACCAAGCCAAGCGUUCUGUGGAUAAACGGGCCUGCAGGUUUUGGGAAGACCGUUUUGAGUGCUCAUAUCGUCCACCAUCUAUCGGAGGCCCUUGAUACGCCAGUGGCCCAUUUCUUUUUCACAGCUGACCAUGAAAGCCGGGAGGAUCCAUUUUCUGCCCUACGGUCAUGGUACCGUCAGAUUACAGCUAAGAAUGACGAUGCUUUUGAGUGUAUUCAUCGAACCUGGGAAAACAACUCGUCAGAGAAUGCCUCUAAAAGGGUGCUUGUUGAGUUACUCAAGGAAGUAGUGACUGCAGUGCCAGGUUGCGUACUCAUAGCAGACGGAUUGGAUGAGUGCUCCAGUUUGGGGAAGGGAGACUCAUCAGUUGCCAGGUUCCUGCGAGACGUCAUGGGUGUCAUAGCAGGCACCGACGUCAGACUUUUGCUCGUGAGCCGAGACGAGCCUGAAAUCAGAGAAGCCCUUGCCGAGGGUAAAGACGCUUUGCUGGAAUACAAGAUCGGCACGAAUGAUGUUGAGGCGGAUACUGCGGCUUUUUCCCAGUCUGUUGUUGACAGGAAGCUCAGUGGAAAAAGCGAGGAUCUGCGGUUAGCUAUCUCAGAGGCUAUGACAGAAAGGUGCCAGGGACAGUUUCUGUGGAUCAAGCUGCAAGAGCAGUCUUUGCGGAACACAAUGAGCAAGAAACGACUUCAGGAAGUGGUGGAAAACACACCUUCCGGUCUUGAUCACAUUUAUGACCAAAACUGGAGUAGGAUCAUGGACAUGUCGGAUCAGGACAGAGAUCGGACUUUCGCCCUUCUCCGUUGGACCGCAUUUACACUCGACCCUCUUUCCAUCUACAAAGUUGUCGAAGCCGUGUUAAUCGAUCAGUUUGAAGAGCUCGACCCUGAUGAUUACCCCGAGGAUGUCGACGAUGAGUAUAUCACAGGCGAGAUAUUGGGACUCUGUGGUCCGCUCGUGGAAGUCCACUAUGACGAGGAAGAUCCAUCACCAGGAUAUAGGACACUUCACAUACCACAUUUCUCCGUGCGCCAAUACCUUGUUCAACAUCUGCCAGCACCCAUCUGGAUGCAACCAAGGGACAUUAUCAACAUGGAAAGGGAAAUGAUUCAUCACACAGUGAUAGCAAGGGCCUGUGUUCAAUACCUAAGCUUGUCGCAAGUCUGGGACGAGGACGAUCAGCCUGACAAUUGUUUGCAAGACUUUCUUCCGUAUGCGGCGAGCUAUUGGACGUACCACGCCAAGUUCGGCUUUAUGGACCCAUCGCUUAGAGAUCUAUCGACAGCCUUUUUGAACUAUAACAAUACUUGCUUCAAGUCGUUGGUGAACUACAUUGUGCAAGGCGUGGACCCCUCGAAGUCAGCCUUUCAGCCACAGCUUCGCCCUUUGGAAUACGUACUCUAUUGCGGUUGGAUAGACAUGGCACAUAAUCUCAUGGAAAACGCAGAUGUCAAUGAGAUUGGUUCUCUCGGGCGCACACCGAUCUUUUCGGCGUGCGUGUCCGGCUCAGCCAAAUUAGUGGAAAGGUUCAUUCAGCAUGAUGCCGAUUUGAGCAUAACGGACGUCGACGGAUGGACAUGCCUUCAUUUAGCAGCCCAACACGGUUUUGAAGACAUUGUGAAGAUCUUGGUGGAGUCGAACGUUGACUUGUCACCACAGAAUGAGUAUGGGCUUACGCCAUUACAUCUUGCCGCGAGAGGAGGCCACAUCCAAUGCUGUAGGUAUUUACUAGAGCAAGGUGCCGAUUUCAACAUCACAGACGUGCACGGCGGCAAUAUCAUACAUCAAACAUGCCUUAGUGCUGGUCAUGCUGGAAUACUCAGACUUAUCCUUCAGAAUGGACCUGACACUCUAGCAACGGAUCAUCCAUCUAACAUGGACACACCGCUAUUUACUGCAAUGAAAACUGGCGACAUCGAUAUGGUCAAGGUUCUCCUCGAGUUUGGGGCGGCCCAUUCCUUAUUUGUUACAUCUCCUCGUUGGAGCUACCCGCUUAAUCUUGCGGCAUUUUCUGGCCAGACCGAACUAGUGGAGCUCUUCCUGGAGCAUGGUGCGGAAAGGACACUGUCUGUUCCGGAUUCCAAGGGUAACACGGCACUCCAUAAUGCAUGUGUUGGCACAGAACACGAUAAAAUCAUUGGUCUUCUUCUUCGCCUAGGUGUUGAGGGAUCUCUAGUGAUAGAGAACGAAGACGGGAACACACCACUACACCUGGCAUCGCAACAAGGCUACGCCAGUUAUGUCGAGUUGAUACUUCAAUAUUCACAGCCAGUGCACCAGCGCCUUCUGGAAAUCCAGAACAAAAGUCUCAAGACACCUUUGCUUAUUGCAGCAGAAAGUACUAUUAACAUCUUGGAAUUUGACAAUAAUAGUCCAUUAUUCGUGGCGUCAGCCGGAGGGUUCAGCGAAAUUGUCAUGGAACUACUCUCACACGGAGCAGGAAGUAAUAUUGCAGCUCCGAAUAUAGAUGGCGAGACAGCUUUGCAUGCUGCCGCGUUUUGGGACCAUGUCGAAGUGUUGAAGCUUCUUCUCGAGGUACCUGGUGUCUCUGUGAAUCAGAAGACUCCAUGUGGAUUCUCGCCUCUGUUCAUCGCGUCAAGAAAUGGAAAUCUCAGCAUGGUAGAGUUGUUGCUUUCUGUUGAUUUAGUCGAUAAAGACACCGAAAGUUGGCUGGGCCUGAGCCCCUUGUUCGCAGCAGUGGCCAACGGCCAUUUGGAAGUCACAAGACUUCUGCUCUCCAAAGGAUGUCAUAUACAGAACCAGGUCAGCAUUGGUGGAGAUUUGAACUGCCCUCGCCGGUACCGCGAGCGUCUCAUGCAGUCCUCUGCCCAGUCCAUAUACUGA